UCUGUUUUUUUUUUCGUGAUUUGUUUUGGUUUUGGUGUUGCUUUUUGGCAACUGUCGUUGCUCUGGACAUGUCCGUUAAUCAUGACUACGAUCGCAAGUAUUUGCGCAGCAUUCGCGGAAUCUCAAAGAUUGUUUGCCUGCUGUGCGCCUUCAUUGGUUUCCUCUGCAUCGUGUGCAGCUCGGUGCGGCUGAGCAAUUAUCGCGGCUGUUUCUACAUAAUCGUCGUUCUCCUUGGCUUCGCUGUGACGCUGACGCUGCUGCUCUGCCGUUACCUGCGGCUCGGUCAGAGCUGGCGAUGGAACUCGGCGUCAUGGUCGCUGGGCGUGCACGCGACCCUGGCCAUCGCCCAUUUCCUUGCCUCUAACUUCGUGCUCGGCCUGAGCGUCAAUGCUUAUACGGCCGCCGCGUUCUUUGGUCUUACGAUAUUUAGCAUCAAUGGCCUGGAGGCCUACAGCUUUUAUAAACGCACUUGCCAGCGCGAUGUGGCUACCCAAACGGUCUAGACGCUGCCCCACUCUACCCCUCCGAUCAAGAGGCUGUGUGGACGCGCUGAACUAGGCGCUAUUUGUAUUAUCUUAAGCUAGUGUCAAUUGAAUGUGUCCAUGUGUGCAUGUAUGUGUGCG